CUUGUAAUACAUAUGGACAGAAUAUUUCGAUUUGGCGAGAAUUUCGUUGUUAAAUUUUCGAUAUUGGCGCAAGGUCAUCGUUAAUUGUAGUUGAUCGUCAAAGUAUUUUCGAUUAAUAUAUUACGGAUUACGUCACUUGCUUCGUAUAACGUCAUUGUUGAUUCUUAAACGAAUGAAAUUAUUAAUCGCAAUAGAUAUAUAUCAAUCGCGAUGCAUACAUCUAGACCAUGCAUCAUUGUUUCGAAACUAUAUCAUUGACACGUUUUUAUUUUAACAAUUGAUGAAACGAUUAGUAUGAAUAAUGAUGUUCUUGAAUUAUCACGGCCAAGUUCGUGUAAAAAUGAUGAAUAUUUUGAUACAAAAUAUUUUUCUUGUCGCAAAUGUAAUAUCUUCAAAUUUCUUGAGCCCAGCACUGAUCAUUUACGAUGCGUUUGUAAUAAAUUUAGCAAAACAAUUGGUUUUAAAAAUGGUAAUCCCAUUUGUACAAAAUGUGAUCAGAAUCAAACUGUAACUAUCGAUGGCAAGGACUGUAUUGUUUGCAAAAAUAACACCUGCAAAUGUCUAUCCAAUGAAAUACUAAUAGAAAGAAAUUGGAAUGGUACAUUAUUAAAUAGUAUAAAAUGUCUUCCAUGUCCAAAAGAUACAUAUCCAUCUAAAGAAAACUCUAAAUGUUUGCCAUGUAAUAACUUGGAUAAUAGAAAUCAAGCAAACUGUAUUUGUCCAAUGAAAUCGCAUGUUAGAAUACAUGGAUAUUGUUUAAACAAAGACAAUCUUUCAGAUUGGCCAGAUGUUAAAAGUACUUACACGAUAAAGUUUCAAAAUGAGAACGUAGAUAGUUAUUACCUUAGAACCGAAUUACAAGCAGCAAUGUACUUUUGUAAAAAUAAAAACAAGAUGUCUUGUGAACAUUUAUCACAUAUAUGUGUUUUAUCUUUAUAUGUAAACAGCGUACAAUGUACAUUAUUUAUGCAAACGCACAUGGCACCAGUUAAACUAUUUUACAAUAAAGACGAAACAUCAUUAGUAUUAAAUGCCAAAAAUAUCACACAAAUAUAUAGUUUGAAAAAGAAUGAUGAUAAUAAUACAUUGAAUUUUACAAUGGCAACAUUUUCUUUAGAAGGCAAAUUACUUGAAAUAGAUAGUCCAAACAUGCCUUGUCAUUUCCUUACAAACGUUAGAUUUGGAGUUAAUCUUAAUAAAAAAUGUAUAAUCACUGUAAAGGAUCUGCUAAAUAUGGAAGUAAAAUUUAUACAACUCUACUUAACAUUUAAAGAGGAAGAAAAAGUUCUUUCACAUGCAGUACCUAUUUAUAUCAAAAAAGAAUAUGAGAAUGAUUACGAUAUUUCGGAGACCCAACUUGUCAGGAAAUUCUUUUUGGUGGACAAUAUAAGUGGUAUUAAAGCAUUGCCAAAUUUUCUAACUGGUACAUUUCUAAAAAAAUCUAACUUGUCGGUACUUCGUUAUAUGAAAUCAUUUACUAUCUUAAUAAAUAUUCAAAGCGGUAAAGCUCGUGGAAAAAUUUAUCCGCCCAUAGUAAUUAUAGAAUAUGGAGAAUUAAUGGAGCAACAAAUUUCUAAAAAUGUAGAAGUUACAAUAAAUUAUAAAGUAACAUUUGCUUUAAAGGAAAAUCAUAUAAAUUCUAAUAUUCAGAUAUUUAUUGGUAUUUUAUCAAGCAUAGCAAUUAUCAAUUCGGCAUUGAAAACUUGGACAUAUUGUAAAAAAAAUUAUGAUUGUACUCCUAAUGCAACUAUUUCAUUAUGGUUUCUUAUAUAUGUAAUGGGUGCUAUAGGAAACAGUCUUAUUAUUGCAUUAAUCAGUGUGUGCAUAUAUUUAUUUAUAUUUUUUAAAGGGCAAACGAUCCCAUAUACUUUACUUCCAAACAUAUCUGAUGAAAAAAAUAUACAGAUAUUCACUAUAAUUGGAUUUUGUCUAAAAAUUGUAGAAAUUAUGGGAUUCAUUUAUCAACAUUGGGACAUACAUAUCUUUUUCAUCGAUUGGGAACAACCAAAAUUAACACAUAAUUCAUCAAAGUACGAUUCUCCUUAUACUUCAUUUCGAAAAUUGUACACUAAUAUAUUAAUUGACGGUAAAGACGAGAAUCCAAAAACUCCAUCUGAAAUUAUUGCAGCUAAGAGGAAUAAAACAUUUAAUAGAACAAACAAAAAAAAUGCACAUAGCCAAAUUUUCAAACCUAUAGAACAAGAAGAACUUCAAGUAACAUAUUCUAUAUCAAAAUCUUCAAUACAAGAAGAAAAUAAUACUCAGUUAUCAGUUAGCAUAUGGAGAACAUAUCUUGUUGCUAAUGAAUGGUUAAAAUUAUUAACAAAACGGAAGAUAAAUAUAUCAUUACAAAUAAUUAGUACUUUGCUUGUUUUAGAGGUCAUAGGUGUAAAAUAUUGGAGCCUAGCUAUACCAGAAAUAACGUUUAAUAAAUAUACUGAUGUGAGAAUAAAUUUUUCACUGCAAUAUGCUGUUUGUGCUAUAGUAUAUAUUACAAUUUAUUUUAUUCAGUACUUAACAUCCAUUAUAUUUUAUGAAAGAUUUAUAAAAGAUCAAAUGCAGCAAUUUAUUGAUUUAUGUUCAAUUGCUAAUAUCAGUGUAUUUAUCUUAGAGUAUAAUUAUUAUGGAUUUUAUAUCCAUGGAAGAUCAGUUCAUGGAUUUUCUGAUACAGAUUUAUUUACUUUAAUAAACAAUUUAAAGAAUGAAGAGAAUCAACUAUGUGCACAUAGAGGUCUUGUUCCUGGUACAAUAGAGCAAAACUUUAUAAUAUCAGUUACACAAACAUUCAGAACAUUCUAUGAAAAAUUUUAUACUGAGAAGAAUUUUGUAAAUUCUUCGCAAUCAUCAAUACCCAUAACCAAUAGAUUUUUGAAAAAGAAUAUUUAUACUUCUAUGGAUUGGAAUCAGAUUUGUAAUACACGUGUAAAAUUGAACCAAUUUUUAUGCGAAUUUCUGGAUCAUUGUUUCAAAAAUGAAGAUUACAUUAUCAAAGAACAAAACUUAAUUGAAAAACUUUGUGACAUUCUCUAUACAAACACUAAUAAAACAUCUGUAUUCUAUAUUGAUAAUGAUUAUUCAUUUAGUCAAGUAAUACUUUACGGGAAUGAAUGGUUGAUGGGUACAUUUGAAAUUACAAUAUUUCUUUUUGUGUUGACUUUAUAUGAUAACUAUGUAUUAGCUGCUGCUAUUACAUUUAUACUCUCACAAUUAUUCAUUGUAAUUAUUAAAUACAGUGGAAGAAAAAAUUUAAGCAGUAAAACCUUAUUAGAUGAAAGAUUUUUAAUGUAA